UUUUUUUCCUUUUUUUGAAUUUUUUUUUUUUUUUUAGAUAUUUUAUUCUUUAUUCGUUGACAAUAAUACAGCAUGCGGGCAGUCUCCUGGCCAUAACAUACGAAAUGCAUAUAGCCUGUUUGGUAUUUCAAAAUAGCACAAAGCUGUGACGUUGCCAGGAGGGAGAAAAAUAUGUCUACUGGUGGGUGAAUUUAGACAUUAAAGUUUGUACAUUGUAAUGUAAUGUAGAUCAUUGCGCACAUGCAAUUUUAAACUUUAAUGACUUAUUGGAAACCUACUACUCCAAUACAACGCCUGCGUAAAGCAUCCACGUAGUGGAUCUAGUCAGUCCAUUACGUCGCCUCUUGCUGCAGUGAGGACAGUCUGCUCCUCUAAAUUUGCUAGGUUUUCUUUAAGCAUCGUUCCUAAAUUUGCGAAAACCCGUGAUUCUCAGAUGCUGUAACGUCUCUCUGUUUAGAGUGUAUUUUGUGAGAUAUUCACUCUUGUCAGUUGGUUCGGUUUAGGCUUAGGAACGACGAACAAAUUCAGCUAAACAGAAUAGUAGGCUAUACAUAAUCUCCAUUGAUCUUCUUUAUUAAAUUCAGAAUCUACAGCUCUGCAUAAAACAUGCAGAGCACGUUGUUGCCUUUUGUAUUAUUAUUCAUAAACGGUGUGUCUGAUGCAGAGACAGAUGAGAUGUUGUCAGUGAUGGAGGGGGAUUCUGUUACUCUACACGCUGAUCUUACUGAAAUACAGAACCAUGAUACCAUACUGUGGAUGUUUGGACCUAAAGACUCUAUAAUUUCUCAGUUAACAAGAAAGAACGAUUUGAAUUCAUUUUUUAUCACAGAUGAUGCUAGAUUCAGAGGCAGAUUGCAGCUGGACCAAAACACUGGAUCUCUCACCAUCAGAAACACCAGAAUCAGACACUCUGGACAAUAUAAACUCACCAUCUCUAGAGAAAAGACUACAUCUAAGACAUUUAAUGUUAGUGUCUUUGGUUUGCUUGGUGAGGCAGAUGUAGUGAAGUCAGUGUCAGUGACGGAGGGAAAUCCUGUCACUCUACAAACUAACACUGAAAUACACACAGAUGAUCUGAUAGUGUGGAGGUUUGGAGAAAAAGGCAUCCUCCUGGCUAAAAUUUAUGUAGAGACUAAUGAGACCUCAUUAAACGAUGCUGGUGAGAGAUUCAAAGAUCGACUCCAGCUGGAUCAUACUGGAUCUCUGAUCAUCGAGAACACCAGAACCACAGACUCUGGACUUUAUGAAGUACAGAUUAGAGGCAGUGAGAGCUCACACAAUAUAUUUAUCCUUUCUGUCCGUGGUUCAGGUCUGUCUCCAGGCGUUAUAGCAGGAAUAUGUGUUGCUGUUCUGAUUGUGGCUCCUGGUAUGAUUUACUGUUGCAUAUGUGCAAGGAAAAAGUAUUUUGAGAGAGAUGAGAACCCCUCGCCAGUCUUGUGGACUGAAGGUCAGUCUAGGGAAUUUAAAAACAGGCACUCUUAAAUGUGCAUUGAAAAUUGCCAGCUAAUAAAACCUGUGCUCCAGGGACCAUAUUCAGGAAAAAUGUAGCUCUUAACUGGCUGAGUUAGAUUAACAGUAGAAAAUCAGUCCAGUCUCCCCAGCUGUAAAUGUCAUUGGCUGUCUUGUGUUGCUUAUAAUAAAUUGACAUGUUGAUAUAACAAGCAAUCUUUAAGAAUGCUGUCAGUUACAUUUAGAUGCAUACUGUUCACAUUAGUGAGUCUGUCAAUUCUUCUUCAUCAGUCAGGAACCUAGGUGUGCUGUUUGAUAGCAAUCUUUCAUUUGAAAGCAAUGUUUCUAGCAUCUGUAAAACUGCGUUUUUUCAUCUCAAAAGCAUAUCUAAAUUACGACCUAUGCUCUCAACGUCAAAUGCAGAAAUACUAAUUCAUGCGUUUAUGAUCUCAAGGUUAGACUAUUGUAAUGCUUUAUUGGGUGGUUGUUCUGCACGCUUAAUCAACAAACUACAGAUGGUCCAAAAUGCAGCAGCUAGAGUCCUUACUAGAACCAGGAAAUAUGACCAUAUUAGCCCGGUUCUGUCAACACUGCACUGGCUCCCUAUCAAAUAUCGGAUAGAUUUUAAAAUCUUGUUAAUUACUUAUAAAGCCCUGAAUGGCUUAGCUCCUCAGUACUUGAGCGAGCUCUUAUCACACUGUAGUCCUCCACGUCCACUGCGUUCUCAAAACUCUGGCCGUUUGAUAAUACCUAGAAUAUCAAAAUCGACUGCGGGCGGCAGAUCCUAUUCCUAUUUAGCACCCAAACUUCUGGAACAGUCUACCUAACACUGUUCGGGAGGCAGACACACUCUGUCAAUUUAAAUCUAGAUUAAAGACCCAUCUCUUUAGCCUGGCUUACACAUAACACACUAAUACGCUUCUAUUAUUCAAAUCCGUUAAAGGAUUAUUAGGCUGCAUUAAUUAGAUCAACCGGAACCGGGAACACUCCCCAUAACACACGAUGUACUCAUUACAUCGUAAGUAGAAUGGCAUCUACGCUAAUAUUUGUCUGUUUCUUUCCUAUUCUGUUUCUCAGUCUGUAUCUGAUCAGAUGGUGGAUCAGCACCAAGAGAUGAUGUCUACAGCCCUGAUCGUCAGCGGAGACCAGGACAUCUAGAUGAGCCGCAGAGACAUAUCCCCAGCGAAAACCUAAAUUAAAAUACAAUAAAACUAAAAAUAUAAUAAAAUACCUAACUACAUAAUACUAUUAUUGUUAGAAAUUGCAACAACAAAAAAAAAAAAAAUAGAAAUAUAAACUUUUGAACUGCGGGUUUCAUCUGGUCAGAGGAGAACUGGCCCCCCGACUGAGCCUGGUUUCACCCAAGGUUUUUUUCUCCAUUCUGUCACAGAGAGAGUUUUGGUUCCUUGCCGCUGUCGCCUCUGGCUUGCUCAGUUGGGGACACUUAAUUUUCUAGUGAUUAUCGCAAUUUGAUUGCACAGAUACUAUUUAAACUAAACUGAGCUAGACAAUGACAUCUCUGAAUUCAAUAAUGAAAUGCCUUUAACUGAAAAUUGAGUGCUUAAUCUUAUCAUUACAUUACUGACACUCUAUCCUCCAAUUUGAUACUGUUAAGUGCUUUGACACAAUAUGUAUUGUUAAAAGCGCUAUAUAAAUAACGGUGACUUGACUUGACUAGUGUUUAUGGGGUGUCGCUUUGGAACGGGUGAGGGUUAGAAAAAAACCAGUAUGCUCACUACAAAAAACUAGACUACACCACUGCCGUAAGGGUAUGUCUACACUAGGGGUGUCCCCGAAUAGUCGAGGCUUCGAUUGGAGGAGCCUGAUUCAACUACCAAUCUCACAGUUGAAUAUUCGCGGGGUGUUAUGAUCAUGCCAUUUUGACUAUAUGGGGGUGCUCAGUGUCUGAUUUCACAUCGAACUACUGGUUUUCUCCCAAUAAGUUAAUACAGCCUAUUGUAUAAUGCUGUAAAUAAGAAUCUUAAAAGAAAGAAGCUUUAAAUAAAUAACUAAUAAAUCCAACUUCCCCUAUAGAUUAAAGUUUCGCUUUCUAAUUCGUCACCGACAGAGGAGCAUCUUGGCGGCAGGGAUUUAAAUCUUUAACAAGACUCAAAUUGACACAGGCAGAGUGGAAGACUUCAUUUUUUUAGAUCAGGUAGGGUACAACAAGUGAUUUCAAAAUGUUUCAGUCAGUUUAUUUAUAUCGUAUAUAUAUUAUUUAUCUCGUAUAUGAUGCAUUUGGUUGAGUUACGCUACAGUAAAGCGCUUCAUUGUAGUACUAUACGGUGAUUAUUUCUUCAGCGCGCGGUGUGAGCAGGACAGCAAUGCAGAAUAUUAAUAACUAUGACUGGCACUGUCAUAUAGGCUACAUAGCAUUAUAAUGAGAACACUAUUAUAAUAAAACGCUGUGAUUUUUUAGUGUUUAGUUGUGUUUCUGCAUGUUAUUGCGUGAAGAACGCGUCCACAAAAGGAGUUCAUUCAGAGCCACGCAGACACGUUCAUGUGCAUUCAGGGCAUUUUGUGCAGAUAGUCUAUAAGUCGUAAUAUUAACGUUAUGUUAUAUAAAUAACGAAGCGUAUUCUAUGUGAGAUAAAUGAGUUAAAUCCUAUUGAUUAAAAACCGGCUAUAUGCUUCAUUCUACUCCUCAUCUUCAGCGCGCGCAGCUCAAAACAGAACUGCAGAACGUGACUAAAGCUGAUUUUCGUGACAGAAGCUUCCGCAGUGCAGAAUGACUGCCAUAGAACAAAAACACAUAGUAAAAAGAAGAAUUAAAAAUAGAACAAGUAAAUAAGGAAUAACAAUAUACAAAUUGACAUGUAUGUACAGGUUUGUUCGGAAUGAGUAAGUAAAAAACAUCGGAGAUGGAGAGCACAUUAUAAGUCCUGUAUGCAGAUUUUAAGCGUGCAUCCCUCUCACUCAUUCUGAGAAUUUGUUCAAGGGCACAAAUCCGUCAAAGAGGAGUUUCACAGGACUGUAUGUCAGUGGUUUAUAAAUUGGUUUAAAUGAGGCUAAUCUGAUAAAAGACAUUCACUUGAUAACAUCUGUCUGUGACCUCUGGAAG